AUAAUGGCAAAGAUGUCAAUAGUGAAAUGACAGAUGAGACUGAGAAGAGCUUUGAAACCAUGAUGACAUUUUCUGAAGAAGGAGAAUGUGAUAAUAAUCUCAGUGAAAAUAUCUGUUUAGCUUCAGAAGGGCUCUACCAGUCUUCAUCUAUUUAUGAACCAAAGAAGGCUUGGAGCUACCAGACUGAACUUCCACAGCCUGCUCUCAAUGGGAAAAAGACAUUGAUACGUGUGCCCACAGAAUCUGGAAAAACUUCUGUGGCACUUCUGAUUUGUGAACACCAUUUUCAAAACGCUUCAGAACGAAAAGCAAAAGUUGUCUUUCUUGCAACCAAAGUGCCAGCGUACGAACAAAGAACUGUAUUUAAGCAGCAUUUUGAAAGAAGUGGAUAUUCUGUUCAAGGAAUUAGUGGUGAAACUGUUGCAAAUGUCUCUGUAGAAAAGAUUAUAUAGGACAGUGACAUCAUUGCACUAACACCCCAGAUUCUUGUGAAUAGCAUCGAGGAAGGGAUCAUUAGCUCCCUCUGCAUCUUCACUCUGAUGAGAUUUGAUGAGUGCCACAACACUACAGGCAACCAUCCUUACAAUGUGUUAUGACAAAAAUUUAACUCCUCUGCAAACCGCCUGCCUCAGAUUGUAGGUUUAACUGCUUCUGUUGGAGUUGGUAAUGGCAAGAGCAUCAAGGAAACAAUAGAGCACAUCUGUACCCGCUUCUAUCUUGACAUACAGACCAUAUCCACCAUCAGAGAGAACAAACAGAGGUUCAGAAACAAACCAGAAACGAAUGUCAGAUGGGUUAAAAUGCGAGUUCUGAAUCACUUUGCAGAUAUCUCAGGUCUGAUGUCUGAGACAGAGGCAUUGAUGAAGAAGAUUUACUCAGUGGAUGCUGUCUACCAAAUCAACAAGAAUGAUUUUGGAACACAGAAAUAUGAACACUGGAUAGUUGCCACUCAGAAGAAAUUAAGAUUGUUGCAACCUGCAGACAAGGAGAAGGAGAGCACCAUUUGUAGAGCCCUUUUCAUUUGCACUGAACACCUGCGGAAAUUCAAUGAUGCUCACAUCAUCAGUGAAGAUGCCUGCAUCGAAGAUGCUUUAUCCUACUUAACUGAAUUUUUCACAAAUGUCAAAAAUGGUCUGUAUACAGUUAGAGAGAAGCAACUGACAGCCCUAUUCCAAGAGAAAGAACCAGAACUGAUUGCCCUUUCAAAAGAUGAAUCAAAUGAGAAUCCCAAGCUGGAAGAGCUUGCUUGCAUCCUGGAUGAAGCAUACCACUAUAACCCACAGACUCGCACUCUUAUCUUUGCCAAGACAAGAGCCUAAGGAGCUGCUUUGAAGAAGUGGAUAGAAGCAAACCCUCUACUUAGCUACAUAAAUGCAGGUGUGUUGAUGGGUCAUGGAAGAAUAGAACAAAGACAGUUUCUUGGUACUGUAGGUAUGACCCCCCCAAUGCAGAAGGAUGUAUUGGAUGCAUUCAAAACCAGCCAAGACAGCAGACUGCUAAUUGCUACAUCUGUUGCUGACAAAGGCAUUGAUAUUUCUGAGUGCAACCUUGUUGUGCUCUAUGAAUACUUUGGUAAUAUCACGAAAAUGAUCCAAGUCAGAG